AUGGCCUCAAAUCCAGCACCGGAUUUUCCGGAUUUCCCACCGAAACACAUACGGCAUUGUGUCUAUUUCGAGUUCUCGAAGGGUUCGACUCCACAACAAGCAGCGAAAAAAAUCAAUGAAACUUACGGGCAAGAGACAGCGAAUGUCAAGCAAUGUUCCCAAUGGUUUGAUCGUUUCCGUGCGGGUGAUACGAGUAUGGGCGAUCAGGGGAUUUCUUUAUCAACAACAUCAGCUCGUCCUGUGCAAACCCAAGUCGAAGAUAUGUUGAAAUUGUUGAGCAGUAAUAGCCGAGUCUCGUCGAAGAAAAUGGCACAACAAUUGGGUGUUUCCCAUGACACAAUUCUCCGGAAUCUUCGCGAGCUCGGCUACAAAGCGAAACGCGGUCAAUGGACACCUGACACUCGCCGAAAGAAUAUCGCCACAAGGAAAACACAAAAA